GGGCAGACUCGCGCGGCUUGGGAGAGCGCUCCUCCGCCCCGCGCGCCGUCCCUGCGCCCCGCUCCGCCCGCGCCUAGCCUAGCUGCCCGCGCCGCGCCUCGGGCGUCCAGAGCGCGCCCCUCGCACCGCAGCAAGCGCGGCUCGCGGCAGCCCAGCCCCAAUCUUCCUCCGCCUCCUCCUCCUCCUCCUUCGCUGCCGCUGGACACGCAGCCGCAGGCCGGGGCCGGGACGCAUCUGGGGAGUCAGGGACGCGCGCAGCCAGCCCUUCCCCCUCCGGCUCCCGCACCGCCGGCCGCCUCCCCUUGCCCUCCUCCUCUCCCCUCCCUGCUUCCUCGCUUUUUCCUCCUGCUCCUCUCCCGGCCCGGCUCCCAGCACCAUGUCCGCAGGGGGAGAUUUUGGAAACCCUCUGAGGAAAUUCAAGUUGGUGUUCCUGGGGGAGCAGAGUGUCGGGAAGACGUCUCUGAUCACGCGAUUCAUGUACGACAGCUUUGACAACACAUACCAGGCAACCAUUGGGAUUGACUUUUUGUCAAAAACCAUGUACUUGGAGGAUCGUACGGUGCGACUGCAGCUCUGGGACACGGCCGGCCAGGAGCGCUUCCGCAGCCUCAUCCCCAGCUACAUCCGGGACUCCACGGUGGCUGUGGUGGUGUACGACAUCACAAAUCUCAACUCCUUCCAACAGACCUCCAAGUGGAUUGAUGAUGUCAGGACAGAGAGGGGCAGUGACGUGAUCAUCAUGCUGGUGGGCAACAAGACGGACCUGGCCGACAAGAGGCAGAUAACUAUUGAGGAAGGGGAGCAGCGUGCCAAAGAACUGAGCGUCAUGUUCAUUGAAACCAGUGCAAAGACUGGCUACAAUGUGAAGCAGCUCUUCCGACGUGUGGCAUCUGCUCUGCCUGGAAUGGAGAAUGUCCAGGAGAAAAGCAAAGAAGGGAUGAUCGACAUCAAGCUGGACAAGCCCCAGGAGCCCCCGGCCAGCGAGGGUGGCUGCUCCUGCUAAUGCAGAGCCUGACCAGCUGGCUUCCUUUGACACUACUCGCUUGUUGUGUUACACGCUUCCUAUUGGUUAGCUUCCUAAGGGGGUGAGAAAUGAGUUUAUCAAGAUGGGAGGAUUUUUCUUUUCUCUCUGUCUCUAGGAGUAGGGUGGGGUGGGGAGGGAGGCUGGGCAUCAGGGAUCAUGUCACUCUUAACAGCUGUUACUUAAACAACUAUUUUUUGGUUUGGUUGUAAUAUAUUGUACUUUAUUAAGAUUGCCAAAAACUGUUAAAAUUUAAAAAAAAAAAAUUUAAAUCAUGUGUAUACAACUUUUUGCCAGAUAAAAAUGUAGUCAUUUUUAUUUGAAAGACGUGCUUUUUGUUUUUGUAUAUUUGUAAACUUACAGAGAACCCUUUCCACACACCAACUCCUUCCUGUCCUCUCUGAACUGUUCAUCACCUGUGCCCUCCUCCCACCUCCAGCCCAAGAAAUUGAAACAAUUCAUUGGGCAACUUAAUUAGGCUCCAGUCCUGAGCCAUGAGGCCCAGACCAACCAGGCCCCACUGUUCAGGUUAAAAUCAAACAUUGGUUGAACAAAACAGCCUCUGAAGAGGCAGCUCUGACUCUACUUCUCCUUUGGUCAGAGUGGGACCCAGCCACGGCCCUAGCUAAAAUUAAGGCCUUGUGGACUGCAGGGAGCCCAGCAGCAGGCCCUGAGGGAACGCCUCCUCUUUCUCCUUUCUCUUCCCUCAAAAACCUUGAGGGAGGUGGUAGGUACUUGCUAUAGGCAACCUUGAGUUCUCUGUGGGCCUCCUAGUGAUUUACAGAGCAAGAGGUCAUUGGAAGGAUGGGGUGCAGUUGGCAAAUGCAGGCUGUGGCGAAGUGCGUUUUAUCGACUGGGGUGCAAUGUGGAGUUCUGAAAAUGUUUUAACCAAUCCGCCCACCUAUCAGCACACAGAUCUGGGUCAAAUUCAAGGAAAGGGCAAGAAGAAACUCAGCGUGUGAUGGUGGUAUAUCACCCUGAAGCCCUCCUCCUGAGCUGGGAUGUCAGGGAAGUGGGAGCCUGUACCACAUGGUUUUAGUCUGGCUGUGACUGGGGAGGGGGGGGGAGUUGUCUGCGGAACUUCUGCCUUGAAAGUAUAUGUUCUCAGAUCCUUGGUUGUAAUAUUGUUGAGCACUGUUCUGGAAAAGUCAGUUUUUUGGUGUUUUUCUGCCCCACUGGCAUGAUACAGUUGAAAUCUUUGUGCACAUACUUUGUGGAUGUUGUAGCAGCACUGUGUUUGCGUGAAGGUAUGGCUGAGGUGUGACCCUGCCCCCAGAGAGCCAUCCUUGCCAUUUUUGACUCAUUCUGAGAAGGGCUCAGUCUUGAGGACCUGUAAAAUCUCUGAAGAGAACUUGGUCUCCUCACUAAGUGAUGGUACCCACUUGGCCAACAUUCCAAAUAGAUCCAUCCUAACAACCCUGUGCCUAUGCAGAGCUAGGCAGUGGGCAGCAACUCUGGCCAAAACAAUCAACUCGUUUUGGCUCUUCCUCCAGACUGCUGAUGGGCAUGUCAUAGACAGGCUAGGGUCUGGGGUAUAGUGGGUGGUGAAUUCCCCAAGGCGGGGCCCCAGCAAGGUUACUGAACUGAAUUUUGGGACUUCUCAGAAACUAAUCCAAAAUGGUGGCCAGUAAGUGUGGCAGACACUGGCAAGACUUACUGGUAUUUGUCUGGUGGAUCUGCCACACGUCAGCCUAGGAAACUGUGUGUCAUAGCUGAUCUAGCUGAUCUUGAGAGAGGAAUUUACCUUCAGGUGAAGAAGAGAGGAAACAGGAUUCCCACUGAGCUCCUCUUCCAGGAGGCAAAGACCAAUGUAAGAACGUAAUUCAAGUGUCAUGUGUUUAAUUUUUAUAUGUGUGUACAUAAUUAUAUAUAGAGAUAGACUUGUGUAUACACUUUCCACAAACACAUUCUCACACAGAAAUACAUGUGCUCAAUGUAUAUUUUUGUUUUUCCUGCUCUCAAGUUGGAACUUGCAUUGUGAUAACAGUUUUGGAAAUUCAAAAGUACUGCAAUGUGUUCAAAUAAGAAAUACUUAAUAUUGUCAAAUAACUUGUGAUUGUCUUGCCAUCAAUAAAAUAAUGCAUAGAUGUGUUAAACUAGAGGCAAAAAAUAGCCCAUGGGAAUAUCCACCAUCUCUCUCUAUAUAUAUGUGUACUUUUAUGCAUGGGUGUGUGUGCCUGUGUGGGCCAGUAUCCCCCCACCACGGGCACACCCCCAAGUGGUGCUUGUUGGAAGAGUGCUUACUUACCUCGUGAGAAUUUACUGGAGUCCAUGUCACAAUGCACAGCUUUGUUGGCAGGGCCGUUGCUUGUGGCCUUGGGACAGCCCCACUCAUAGGCAUCUGCACUGGGUGUAGGGAAUGAAUAUAUGGUGGAUUUUUAUUUUCUUGGCACUAAAGAGUAGCUCUUCUUAAAACUUUUCUGUAAAUGAAGUAGAAACUCGGUUCCCUUCUCUUGUUAUGUCCACAUCCAAGGCAUCAUGGACUGUUUUUUCCAUCACAGCCCUCAAGGAGCAGUAAAGGACAUAUUAGAUGUCCUUUGGCUUGAUGUGGCCUUAGCGAGCCCUACCCUUCCUAGCGUGUACACAUCAUUGUCUCUCUUGCUUCCAGGCUCUCCCCAGCCCAGUGGGCCUCUGAAGGGAAGGGCAGUCACCUCCUGUUGUCCUUCCAUGUUAGUAUAGUUCCAUGCCAUUGCAGGACCCUCUCCUUUCCUUGGGACUGGCUUCCCUGCCUCAUUUCCUGGGGUCCACUAAGGCAGCCAGACCUCUUUCACAGAAGUGCAUUAGUUCCUUGUCUCUUGUCAUGGGCAGGUGGCAUCAUUGUGCUCGUUUAUAGGUAGGCUCUUGACUCAGAGUUAAGGGUCAAUAAUACAAUGAUCGGGUUUCCUUGACGAUGUUAUGAACUUGCCUCAGCAUCCCCAGUGAAAGUAUCUACCUUUGUUUAAUUUAGAUGGGCUAGCAGAGAGCAAAGCAGGUGAUGCCUUUUAGGAUAUGAUCUCAGUUCAGUCAGCAAUGCAGGCCGUCACCUUAAGGACUUCGUCUGAACUGGUCAGGGUCAGAAGAUGGUCAGGGUCAUCUUCUUUUGGCUCUCUCUGAUUUUCUUUAGGGACAUUGAGGAAAACCUGUCAGUAAAACUGCUAUUCUGCAGGCACCAGAAAAAUUGAGCGUUAAGAUGCAAAAAGCAGGCAGAAUAUUUAUAUUCAGGCACACACAUGCCAAAAAGGAGAGAAUUCAGUUUCUUGAGGACUAGAACUGCAGUUGUGUAGUCUAAGGUUAGCCUGCUUGGCAACUGAUCAUAAGCAAUGGUUCCUUUAGGCACAGGCUUUCCUGCUGUCACUAUUGCCACUGUCUUUCUCACAUCAUCCUCAAACAUUCUGAAAUGUUCCCGGGUCCAAAGAGCAAUGGCCAGAGCAGUUUGAGUGUCUUAGGUGCACAAAAUGAGGACUGAAGUGUGGUGAAAGCUACCAGUGCAGCCACAUCUGAAGCCCAACAUCUCCAUUCUCCUGGUGGCUAGCCAUGCUAGGAGCCCCCUGCCCUCCAGUACCAACUGUGACAAAAAAGGGAUGGCACUGCUGGCUUCGGUGUCCUCUAGGUAGAGCAGCCUCAUUCCUUCACAAGGCAGAGGGCAGGUGAGGAUGUCAGGACAUGAGAACAGGUAGCCUAGGCCUGUAAGGCCUAUCUGAGUCCCACAAAGGGCGGCCAAACAGCUGCAUGUCUGUGUAUACUGACCAAGGCAGAACUGUUAAUGUACAUCAGUUUCCAAACUACCUCUUCCCAGAGUAGUAAGGCACUGUCACCUUGCUACAGCAGUGUGAGGCAAAGGUCUUAUCAUUCUUCCUGAUUCCCAGGCAGGAAAACCAAGAUAGAGAAAGGUCAAUUACCUGAAAAGUAAAGAGUGAUCAGAACCAAGGUGUUUCCAUUCUUCGUCCAUUGCCGAUCCAUGUGUACAAAUGUGACCUGUAUACUUACACAUAAAGGACCGCUGUGCAUACAUGUAUUCCUCAGACCAUCUCUACUCUGUGGUUAGGGUGUAAGAUUCUUCCCAGUGCAUCUGUGUGAGCUGGGAGAGAAUCCAGUGAAUUUUGGGCUCCUCCACUGCAAAGAAAGUCCAGUCCCCAAGUCCAAUCUGAUUGUCUUGGGCACUCAUGCAGACCAGGACAUGCUAAUAAAAUUUUUGUUUGAAAUGAACUAUUUGGGAAUUCCCAAACCUUGGGAUCUCAAUGUGCAAACUCCCUGGACUCCAGACCCCUAUCUGGUUGGCACUCCCAGCAGGGUAUGGUUUAUCAGGGAAACCUUACAAUGGGGGUUUGGAUGGUUCCUUCAGGAGGUGGGAAACCUCCAUAGCACUGAAGGCCAGCCUGCGUCUCAUGAUAUAUGUCAACUUCUCCCCUUCCUGUCCCCUCACCCACCCCCAUAGAGUGACUGGCCGUGAGGAGCACAGAGGGUGGCAUCUCCAUCUCUUACUGGCUCAAAAGGCAUAAGCGGCCAUACUGACUUUACAUGAAACUGUGUAAAACGUGGAAAAGACUCAGCAUGUUGGUCAAACAAUAAACUGUCCUAAUUCUCACCA